UGAGAGAUCACGAGACGACGCGCGACGAAGCGCUGUUGUAAGGCGAGGCAGAGGGCGGAAGCUCCAAAGUCAUAUGAUCGAUUCGUGAUCGUUUAGCUCUCGCCGUUUGCCGUUUGCCGUUUUGCUCUCCGCACGUCGCAAAGAUGGCCAGCCAGACGCAGGGUAUUCAACAGCUUUUGACCGCCGAAAAGCGCGCUGCCGAGAAGGUCUCGGAUGCUAGAAAACGUAAAGCACGUCGUCUGAAGCAGGCUAAAGAAGAAGCUCAGGAUGAAAUUGAGAAAUAUCGACAGGAACGUGAAAAACAAUUUCGUGAAUUUGAAGCCAAACAUAUGGGUUCAAAAGAAGACGUAGCUGCACGCAUCGAGGCAGAUACACGACUCAAAAUAGAAGAAAUGAAUCAGACUGUUGCUGUGCAUAAAAACAUGGUUAUGCUUAAGAUUUUGGAUUUGGUGUAUGAUAUCAAACCGGAAUUGCACAACAAUUAUCGCAUUGAGGUCUAAGCUUCAGAAAUUGUAUCUAGUAGUUUUAAGUAAUAUAAUAUAAUAUAUAUAUAUAUAUAUAUAUAUAUAUAUAUAUACACAUACAUACAUACUAUAUAUAAAUAUAUACAUUAAAUAUUACUGUUCGCUUACACUGUAUCUUAAUAACAUAUUUAUCGCUGUUAUAUCGUAUGACAUGUUAUAUUUUAUUGGAGUAACUGCAUAUAAAUGUAGUUUUAGAUAGCGAUACUCAAACUACUACUAAAAUCUUUUCUGCAGUUGUUACACGACAAUAAAUGUCUCCAUAUUGUUAUUAUCGCUGAGCCUUUUUGUCGGCACGUGUUUGAAUAGUUUGAGAAUUGCUGUAAUGUAUUUGCAUCAAAAUAAAAAGAAAAAAUAAUAUAAAUAAAGUAUCAUUCGAUGUGUCAUGGCCUAGACACAUCGGAAAGAUAUAUUAUCGUUAAGAUAGAUAUGGCUAAAGUGAUUUAAGGUGAUGGUAAAGAAUUCUAUGUUGUAAAUGUUUAUCAUUAGACGUCAUUCCAUGAUUUCUGUCGCAUCGAGGACGUAAAACACAUUUUCAUCAAAGAUUUUCAGAACAAGAUUUUCUUCUACAACUUUUCGCGGUUUACGGACGCGCUCCCAGUCGAGUGAACCACGUAAUGUUGUAGCAACAUUUAAACUUGUUUUAAAGUGUCUAUUGAACUUAUGUAAUGAGUAACUUUGUCUCAUAUAUAUGUAUAUACACACAUGCGCAUAUACCCUAUCUAUGUAAGUUGAUUGGUUGUCUGUAUAGUGCCCAAAAUAAAAAAUAAAAAAAAGAA